AUGUCCACUAUAUCGUCGUUGAUAAGACACUCAGGUAAUUGGAACAAUGAAAACUGCUAUGUGAAUUUCAAAAUCGAUGCAGUGGCGUUUAAAGAAUAUUCGACAUAUAUUGAUUUAUUACAAGCAGUUGCAACUCAGCUGAAUAUAGACAUGCAACUGAAAAACAUAUACAUCAAAUAUAUAGUUGAAGGUAACGAUACGCCAAUGGAAAUACAUAAUGAUAUGAGUGUUAGGGUGUGUGUGGAAUUGAAGAAAGACAACAAACAGUUAGCGAUGUAUCCUUUGUGCAUAACUACAACUGAUAAAAAACUUUAUACUUGUGUAUCUGGUGAAAGUUGUAUUGAAGGAGGAUUUUUGCAAAUUGGUUACAUAAAACAAACAAAUGCUAUGGAAACAGUAGUGAGUGGAGACUUAGCUUCUUCAAGUUGUGGUAAUGCCGUUGUUGUGUUCGAAAACGACACAAAUCUGGUUAUAUCAGAUAAGAACCAAAAAGAGGUUGUUGUUGAUCAAGUUUACAAGGACAAAGAUACAUUGAAGGCUGUUAUGGCGAAUUAUGCAAUUUCCAACAGGUUCAAUUUUCGUGCCGAGAGGUCAAAUGCGAUAAGCUAUACACUAGUAUGUGUGUCUGAAGAGUGUGAUUGGAAAUUUAGGGCAUCGAGCGUUGGUUCACAUAUAAGAAUGCGAAAAUCCGACAAAAACGAGUUUCUGUAUCUGUUUAUAGCAUUGUAUGCAUUCAUCAAAGGGUUUGAUUGUUGUAGGCCAAUUGUUGUAGUUGACGGGAGCCACCUCAAAACAGCAUACAACGGAACGUUCGUUUCAGCAAGCACGUUAGAUGGUGCAGGUAAUAUACUUCCUUUAGCAUAUGGUGUGAUAGAUUCAGAAAAUGACAGGUCUUGGACGUGGUUCUUUGAGCGAUUCAGGGAAGCGUAUGGUGUGAGAGAGAACAUGUGUAUUGUUUCCGAUAGGCAUGAAAGCAUAAACAAAGCUGUUUCUAGAAUCUAUCCGAAUGUGCCGCAUUAUGCAUGCAUAUGGCAUCUUUGGGGUAACGUAUGUAAGAAGUAUAAGAAGAGCCAUGAUGUGUUGAGUCCCGUGUUUUAUGCAAUGGCAAAAGCAUACACGCAGGAAGAUUUUGAUGAGCUUAUGGGCAAAGUUGAGAAGGCAGAUUUUCGGGUGGCAGAGUAUUUGGAAUUGGCUGGAAGAGAGAAGUGGGCUAGAGUGUAUGCAACUGCUAACCGAGGGUGGACAAUGACUUCAAACAUAGCAGAGUGUAUUAAUCGUCACCUUGUAGCAGCAAGAGAGCUUCCUAUAUUUGAUUUUCUAGAAGAAGUGAGGAAGAUGUUUGGGAGAUGGAAUUAUAAUAACCGGAAAAAUGGUAUAUACACGUUCACAACACUCGGUAAAAAGUUUCAGGAGAUGUUGUCAAUAAAUGAGUAUCUAUGUUUACGUAUGACGGCCGAACCAUCAACCGAAUACUUGUACACGGUAUAUGAUGCAGGAAGGCGUUUCAUCGUUAACUUGGACAACAAAACGUGCAGUUGUCGGAUGUUUCAAAUAGACGAAAUUCCAUGCCCACAUGCAUGGGCUGUCAUUAAGAAGAAAAAUCUAAUGGUUGAUGAUUACUGUUUCGAAUUGUUCAAACGGCACACCGUGGUGAAGACGUAUGAUGUCGCCGUGGAUCCUCUCCCUGACGAGCGGGAAUGGAAGAUUCCAACAUACAUAUCAGAGGAUGUUGUUUUGCCACCAAGAUACAAGAGACCUCCUGGUAGGCCGAAGAAAAAGCGUGAUAAGCCGUUAUUUGAAUUGCUUCUUGGAAAAAAGAGACAUGCUUGCAUUACUUGUGGACAGACUGGACACAAUAGAAGAUCUUGUAGUAAUACUCCUAGAAGGAAAUAA